GAAAGCUAAAAAUACGCUUCUGUAUUCAGGAUCAUGUGUUUGCUAGUAAAUUUAAUUGCACCAUAUGAAAUUAAUGUGAUAUAGCAUGUCAAAAUAUAUAGAUUAGUUUCCAUAUGAGGAAGGGUUACUAGCCAAAGUAACUCGCUAAAAUAGUUGUACAAACGUCCACUAGUAUGUAUUGCGCGCUGUGAUGAACAGUAAAGAGUAAGGUUGGGGAUAUUUGUUGGAACAGUGUUUUAUGACCGGUAAUCUGUUGUAGGAAAGAAGUGGAAGUACAAAAUUUCAUCAUAUUACGUGAUAAUUGAAAAAAUAUAAAAAAAUAUGGCACACCAGCUGUUAUCUUCAACACGUAAAUUAGAAAGAUUUGUUUUAAAUUCCAUUUACAAAAAUGCCAAUAUAUUUCAGUUAAGGAGAUACUUAUCAUUGAUUAGAAAUGGCAAUGAAACAACUACCAUUGAACGGUUACAAAAACAGUGGAAAUUGUGGAGUAAACUUCCAAAAGGAUUUGAAGAAUUCUAUAAAUCACCUGGAAGUAAUACCACUAAAACAACUGAAAAAGUUGCACAGAAAGUUAAAAAUGGAUCAUCUAAAGAAGCAGCUGGUUCAAAAUCAUCUGUACCUCCAGCUCAGAAACCAUCUCUUGGUUCUUUAGGCUCUGAAAAACAGGAUUUUAAACGAGACUUUCAAUGGGACUUUAAAUGGGCUGGAGGCAAUAGUCCAUUUCCGAGCAAUAAUAAUGAAAAGAUGCUUAUUAUGGGUUUUAUAUUCUCAGUUACUGCUUAUUUAUACAUGAAUUAUAGAACAAAUGCUACAACAGAAAUCACAUGGAGAGAAUUCAUAACCAAUUAUUUAAACAAAGGAAUUGUGAAUAAGGUAGAAGUUAUUAAUAAACAGUGGGUUCGUGUAAAGUUAAUACCUGGGCAUGCAGAGGAAGGAAAAGACGUUUUGUGGUUUAAUAUUGGAAGUGUGGAGACAUUUGAAAGGAAUUUGGAGAAUGCACAACUUGAGCUAAAUGUAGAUGUACAAAAUUAUUUACCAGUUCAUUAUAAAGAUGAAUUGGAGCUGCAGCAUGUUGUAAGAAUGCUUCCACAAUUAAUAGUAUGGGGAUUGUUGUUCGUAUUAUUCCGAAAAUCAGUGGCAUCAUUUGGCAAAGGAAGAAAAGGACUAUUUGGUUCAGUGAUGGAAUCAACUGCAAAAUUAAUUAACUCUAAAGACAUUGGUGUUCGAUUUAAGGAUGUUGCUGGUUGUGAAGAAGCAAAACUUGAAAUUAUGGAGUUUGUGAAUUUUUUAAAAAAUCCACAACAAUAUAUAGAACUUGGUGCUAAAAUUCCCAAAGGCGCCAUGUUGACGGGACCACCUGGUACAGGCAAAACGUUGUUAGCUAAGGCUACAGCUGGUGAAGCAAAUGUUCCUUUCAUUAGUGUGUCAGGUUCUGAAUUUCUGGAAAUGUUUGUCGGUGUUGGUCCUUCGAGAGUUCGUGACAUGUUUGCAAUGGCACGAAAGCAUGCUCCAUGCAUAUUAUUUAUUGAUGAAAUCGAUGCCGUUGGAAGGAAAAGAGGUGGUCGAAAUUUCGGUGGUCACUCGGAACAAGAAAAUACACUUAAUCAACUUUUAGUGGAAAUGGAUGGAUUUAAUACAACUACUAACGUAGUUGUGUUAGCGGCAACUAAUAGGAUAGACAUUUUAGACAAAGCAUUAUUACGUCCUGGAAGAUUUGACAGACAAAUUUACGUAUCUGCGCCAGACAUUAAGGGAAGAGCUUCUAUUUUUAAAGUUCACUUAGCACCUUUAAAGGCAACGAUAGAUAAAGAUCAGUUAGCUAGAAAAAUGGCUUCCUUAACACCUGGUUUUACCGGAGCCGAUAUCGCCAAUGUAUGUAAUGAAGCGGCUUUAAUAGCGGCAAGAGACUUGAACGAUAACAUACAAUUAAAACAUUUCGAACAAGCCAUUGAAAGAGUUAUUGCUGGUAUGGAAAAAAAGACAAAUGUCCUACAGCCUGAAGAGAAAAAAACAGUUGCAUAUCAUGAGGCCGGUCAUGCGGUAGCAGGCUGGUUUUUAGAAUAUGCAGAUCCACUUUUAAAGGUUUCCAUAAUUCCACGCGGUAAAGGUUUAGGCUACGCUCAGUAUUUACCACAUGAACAAUAUUUAUAUACAAAAGAGCAGUUGUUUGAUAGAAUGUGUAUGGCACUCGGAGGACGGGUAUCCGAAGAAAUCUUUUUCGGUCGCAUAACGACAGGAGCACAAGAUGAUUUACAGAAAGUAACAUCAAGUGCAUAUGCUCAGGUUAUUCAGUAUGGUAUGAAUGAAAAAGUUGGUAAUGUUAGUUUUCAAAUGCCACAACAAGGUGAUAUGACAUUCGAUAAGCCAUAUUCUGAACAUACUGCACAACUCAUCGAUACCGAAGUUCGUGCGUUAAUUGAAAGAGCACAUACUCGAACACGUGAGCUACUCACGGAACAGAAGGAAAAUGUAACUAAGGUUGCUGAACGAUUAUUAAAACAAGAAAUUUUAAGUAGAGAGGACAUGAUAGAAUUGCUUGGACCUAGGCCGUUCCCUGAAAAAUCAACGUAUGAACAAUUUGUCGAAGGAACAGGUUCAUUCGAGGAAGAUACCACUUUACCAAAAGGUUUACAAGAAUGGAAUAGAUCGAGGGAUGCGGAAAAGAGUGAAAAAGAAGUACCUGCAACGACGCAAGCAGUUUCAGAUAGCAGUUCUCAAAAUCAACCGUCGCAGCGAUUAUAAUUAUACUUUCAUGGAUUAUAGCUUGUUAAGUAUUUUGUAUUAUAGUUUGAAAUAUAUAAUUGUAAUAAGUAGUAAUAUAUGAGUGCAUUCGAUUGCAUCGAUUGUGUGGAUCAUAUUUGCAACACGAGGAAGCGACUGCUAUUGAGAAUUAAAAACUAUUUUACAAAAUACGUUUAUCUCCAAAUCCAACGCAUAGUAUUGCCUGUAAUCAACUUAAUUAUUAGGUAAAUAAUCAACCGAGUUUUUUAUAAGAAAAACUAAGUUGUAUAAAAGCACGUUAUGUGAAUAUAAACUAUCGAAAUUUUUGCAUUAUUGUAUUUAUAAAUCUUGUAUGAUGAUUGCAGAGUGUAAGAUGAGGAUACAACAAGGGAGAUGUAACUUUUGUUUAGAUAAUUGUAUAAAGAGUAAUUAUUUUAUUACAAUCGUAACUUUGUUUCGUUUUUUUAUUUGAAGACUAAAUGAAGUGGGGAACCAGGUAAAAAUAACAACAACUCGCAUCAAUUUUUUUGCAACGUAUAAUUAAUAAAGUUUACAAAUGUAGUGCAAUUAAACUGUUUUUAUCCUUAAAUAUUGUAAGUACAUUAAUAAUUUGUUAUGUUACUGUUUCGUUUUAUCGCUAAUUGUUGAGUUUUAUGUUGGCGAAAUUUCUGGUGCGGUCCAAUUAAAAAUAAUGCGUAUACGCUUGUGCAUAAAUUAGAUUCCCUCGAGUAUUAAUUACACUGUGUAACGAAAAUCAAACAAAAACGGUUCUACUUCGUUUUCUUUUCUGUAUACUAAAGGUUCAUAUAUAUUUAUAAUGAGUUUGGAAAUUUCGAAAAAACGACGAAGGUCAUUUUCCAUCGGUAAAACUUCUAGUACUUAGAAUAAAUUUGUUAGUUUGUACAUAUGUGUGUUUUGUGUUGUUCAAAACUAGAUUAUUAUUUCAAAUAAUAACUACAAUCAUUUAAUAAUGAAAUAGCCAUUAAAGAUGAUCACUAAAUUGCGGAUUAACAACUUCCGACGAUCAAGAAUAUAAAAAAUGUAGACCUUCGUUCAUUUUUUUCUCUUUCUAUUUCUCUCUUUAUCUCUCUCAUACAAACAUACACACAUACACCUUAUUCAGGAAGUUGGAACAUUUAAAAACGAUUUUCAUAAGGUAAGCUUUGAGCUCGUUUAGACGUAGACUUAAAUAAAUCGGAUGUGCAUGCAUCACGAUAUAUUCAUUAUCAGUCUUGGGAUUUUUUAAAAAUUUAUUUUGUGAGCCGAGACGCUCUUGGGAAUAUUGUUUGAACAUUCAAAGAAAAGUGUCGGGUCGAGAAAUUUGCUGAUCUCUAUUUCUACGCAUGUUUUGCGACAUUUAUUAAGGAAUGGAAAGGUUAUGUAUUUACAUGUUUGACAUUAAACAAAACAAACUUUAAAUUCCUUUGAGUGUAAGUCAAUCGUAUAAUUCGUACAAAAUUUGCUUUUACUUUAUCAACCUAAAUAAUACAUUUCAAUUAAUCAAUUUUUUGAAAUUCAACAAAUAAACAUGACAUUUCAAAAAGGCGCGCAAGAAAAUAGUUUCCAAACAGUAUUUCUCAAUCCGAUCGAUAAUCGAUUAAUUUUUGUUUCUCGUGCACAAUCGUGUUACGAAAAAGGUUAACAAAGGUGUUCACACCUCUGUUUGACGUGCAAUACUUACAUACGUGUAAGAUUUUAUAAAAAAUGCUCUCUUUGAGUAUCAAAGGAUUCUUUGCAAUCGUUUAAUGGAAAGAAAAGCGUACAAUUGGAACGAGUGAAAUGUUACGUAUUUCGAUGCAAUGUCAAACGGAAAUCACGUGAUACUCAAAUACACAGCAUUAGCACCUUAAUUGUUUUAUUUAUUGAGUUCCUGUGAUUCGUCGAAGCAAUAAAUCAUUGAAUCAUAUGACAUUUUGGCACCAACAUGAUUCGCGCAUCGGGUCUUUGUCGAUGCGCAAUAUUCGAAGGAACGGAACGAGGUUUCGUGAUGUGAGAACAAGAAAAUCGUUAAAAAAUUUUAUGGUUAUCAGCGACCAUAAAUUGCACAUUUCACUAAUUCUUCGACGUUUGUCGUUAUAUCUUUGAUCCCAAGACAGCGUUUUUUGUUUUCAUACCUCAAGUGGCAAAUAUUCUCAGUGUUUCUACAAAACUAUACGAUUUAUCAAAUUUAGAAAACCUUGAAAACGAAGCGGAAGUUCGAUCGAUGAUAAUCACCGGAUCCGUGAGACGGUAUCAAUCUAUGAAGACUCGAGACGUAUGCGUGAAAAGAAGAUUAGUUAUACGAAGAGAGCGUACAAUAUUCCAAACACUGAUUUGUUUCAAUUGUAAAAGGUCUCAAAAGAAAGCAUGCAGCGACGUUUUGAAAUUAAUCAGAGGCAAUCGUUGUCGCGAAAAGUCUCGGUGUAGAACGUUCGGACUAACAUACAUGUACAAUACACAUAUACACAUAGCAUAUCGUGCGUCUGUCCCCUAGUAAAUUAAUUAAUUAAUUAAAUUACAUGACAAUUUGUGUCACGUG